AUGUCGAUCUCGAUCAAUCAGAAACCCAAGAUGAGGAUGUGGAAGAGAACUCACGUGAUAUCCCAGAGCAACAUGACUCUGAAAAUGCCGCACAUAUCCAACAAUGAAGUGGAUUAUGAGACAUGGCGUUCCAAUGUGGAACUUCUUCUUAAAGACACAACACAGUCUGAUCUUUACAAGUCCCGAAAGCUUCUUGAAAGUCUCUUAUCGCCUGCUAUCGAUAUUAUCUUGGACUCUGCGUUCGGCACUGUCGAGGACGGAGAUGAUCUUUUCGCAAAGUAUCUUAACACAAUGCAGGAUAACGGUGAGAAAUCCUCGGCUUAUCUACAAUGGCUGCAGGUGAUGCUGAACACCACCCUCAGGAGGGGAGGCGUAAACGCAAGUGACCUUGACCGGCAUCUGCUUAGACAGUUUGUCAGAGGCUGCUGGGACAACACUUUGAUAGCUGAACUUCAGCUGGAACAAAAGAAACAGAAGCCACCUACCUUUGCUGAACUUCUCCUGUUACUCCGCACAGCAGAAGAUAAAUGUACUUCCAAAGCAUCCCGCAUGAAACAACACCUCAAUAUUUCGAAGCCAAGAGUGUCUUCUUCUUAUCAAGGUGUUUAUGUGCAGAGUGAAGACUGCAACCCAUCUCAGCCAGCUCUUGAUCACAGGUCCGAAAUCCAAGACCUAAGGAAACAAAUAGCUGAUUUACAGUCCCAGCUCACACGUAUCACACAGAAGGAUGGUAGAAAGACUAAAUCAGCUGCCAGACUAGUAGCUCCCCACACAGCCAUCACUCCACCAUCUCAAAGACUUCACCACAGCCGUGAUGCAAACAACAACACAAGCAAUAGACCAAAGCCCUGGUAUUGCUUUAGAUGUGGAGAGGACGGACAUAUUAAGCCUCAGUGUGAGAGUGAGUCGAACCCAUCCCUUGUGGCUGAGAAGAGGAAGCAGUUAAAAGAAAAGCAGCUAAAAUGGGACAUUGAAAAUGGUGUUUCAAAAGCCGAUCAUUAG